CCAGGCGGGUCCUGGGAUCGAGAGAGACAACAAGAUUUGUGACUUGUGAGGGACUAAGCGGAGACUUGCUGUCUAUUAUAUAAGCCCAUCUACUAAAAAUAUUCAGAUAUUACUACCAUUUCUUUUCCUUUCCAUUUUUUUUUUGUGUGGAUUUUAAUCCCUCCUUUCUUUCACAAUAAAAAAGAGAAAGAAGGUAUAGAGAGAACAUAGGAGUCCCAGUAGAGAAGUAAAGUGCCAUAAAAAACGACAAGACGCAUCACGCUACGAAUGGAAUCUGUGUUUCCUUUUUCCUCAUUUUCGUGUCAAGGAGCAUGAAUUUUCCGUUUCGUUUUUACCUUGCUGACUAAGAUUGUUAUUGUUAAUAUCAAUGCCAUCCUCAUCAACACGAAGCUUAAGCUUACGCGUUCACUGAGUGGGAGCAUUUUCCUAUAAUACACUCCGCAGAAGCUUCGAGUUAAAGAGCAUCUAUCCAAAUCGAAGCCCUAGCUGGUUUUCUUCCGAUAGAAAGAGACGCGCUCUGAAUCUGCGCAUUUCCAAUGGCGUUUUGGUGGCCGUUGCUCGUUUUAGCAUUCGCUUACGGUAUUUGUAGGUUCCUUCUCAUGCUCAUUCCUCCUAAAGUUCCUUCCAUCGACGUUGACACUUCCGAUGUGUUGGACGAUGGAAACCAAGCGCAGGAGAACAGUUUCAUAUAUGUACCUCCAAGGGGAACAUCGCAGCAAUCGGGCAAGAUAGUUCAGUGCUACGAACCUGCAACUAUGAAAUAUUUGGGAUAUGUUCCUGCAUUGACGCAUGAGGAGGUCAAAGAUCGAGUGUCAAAAGUAAGGAAGGCACAAAAAAUGUGGGCAAAGUCCAGCUUCAAGCAAAGACGCUUAUUUUUGCGUAUACUUUUAAAGUAUAUAAUUAAACAUCAAGCGCUUAUAUGCGAAAUAUCUUCACGUGAUACUGGAAAGACAAUGGUAGAUGCCUCUUUAGGAGAAAUAAUGACAACAUGUGAGAAGAUCAAUUGGCUAUUGUCAGAGGGUGAGCAGUGGUUAAAGCCUGAAUACCGGUCUUCUGGAAGAUCAAUGCUUCAUAAGAGAGCUAAAGUAGAAUUUCAUCCCCUUGGUGUUAUUGGAGCCAUUGUUUCAUGGAAUUAUCCCUUCCACAAUAUUUUUAAUCCUAUGCUGGCUGCAAUUUUUUCUGGAAACGGUAUUGUGAUUAAGAUAUCAGAACAUGCAAGUUGGUCUGGAUGCUUUUAUUUCCGGAUCAUCCAAUCAGCCCUUGCUGCCAUAGGAGCUCCAGAGGACCUCGUUGAGGUGAUAACAGGGUUUGCUGAAACAGGAGAAGCAUUGGUAUCUUCUGUUGAUAAAGUCAUAUUUGUUGGAUCGCCUGGUGUUGGUAAGAUGAUAAUGAAUAAUGCUUCUAACACACUUAUACCAGUGACACUGGAGCUUGGUGGCAAAGAUGCAUUUAUUGUUUGUGAAGACGUAGAUCUGGACCAUGUUGCACAAAUUGCUGUCAGGGCUGUGCUUCAGUCAAGUGGACAGAACUGUGCUGGGGCAGAGCGAUUUUAUGUCCAUAGGGAAAUCUAUUCUUCUUUUGUUAGCAAAGUUACCAAAAUUGUGAAGUCUGUUACAGCUGGCCCACCACUUGUUGGAAAGUAUGAUAUGGGAGCUUUAUGCAUGCAUGAGCAUUCUGAAAAGCUUGAAGGCCUUGUAAAUGAUGCUUUAGACAAAGGAGCUGAAAUUGUUGCCCGUGGGAAUCUUGGACAUAUAGGCGAAGACGCAGUUGAUCAAUAUUUCCCCCCUACUGUGAUUGUGAAUGUGAACCACACAAUGAGAUUGAUGCAAGAAGAGGCAUUUGGACCAAUCAUGCCAAUAAUGAAAUUCAGCUCUGAUGAGGAGGUUGUCAGGCUUGCAAAUGACUCAAAAUAUGGGCUCGGCUGUGCUGUUUUCUCAGGCAAUCAGAGCCGUGCCAGAGAGAUAGCUUCACAGAUACAUGCUGGGGUAGCUGCAGUUAAUGAUUUUGCAUCAACAUACAUGUGUCAGUCCCUACCAUUUGGGGGUGUGAAACAUAGUGGAUUUGGACGAUUUGGUGGUGUAGAAGGUUUGCGAGCUUGCUGUCUUGUUAAAGCAGUUGUUGAAGAUCGAUGGUGGCCAUUUGUCAAAACCAAGAUACCUAAGCCUAUUCAGUAUCCUGUUGCAGAGAAUGGAUUCGAAUUUCAGGAGUCACUUGUUGAAGCGCUUUAUGGUCUCGGCAUAUGGGACCGUUUGCGAGCAUUAGUAAACGUUUUAAAAAUGCUUACUGAGCAAAAUCCUGGUGGCAGUAGCAAUAAGAGAAGAAAUGACUGAUUGUCAGGUCAGGUAACAUUCUAAAUGGCUAAUAUCGUCAGAUACUCAAACCCUGCUGCUAGCAAGCUGUAAGAGAAGAAAUGAAUAAUUGGCGGCAACUCAGGAUAACACGCUAAAUGGUUAAUAUUGCCAAGUUAGGUGGGGGAUGUCACUUUUGGUUGACGUAUUUAUCUAAUCUCUAUCUAGAAAUCUCCUGUGACUAUAAUGUUAAGGGGAUUUAAACUCAAACUAGUUGGUGAUUAUAUAAAUUGCAGGAGAUAGGAUAUUUUUGUGAUUGUGGCCUUUGGAUACCUAUUCAUUAGGGCAUAUACCAAUGAUCAACUUAAGGCUAUGGGUAAAAUAUUUCAACUAA